AUGUCAAUACAUGGUGGUACUCAGGCCAAUGGGCAAAUCCAUAACGCUACGGACGUUAUGCAUCAGGCUCCCCGACCUUUAGUAGACAACAGACUGUAUAGCAUUUAUGGACUUCUUCCUAGUGAAGUUCAUGUCAAAGAAGACAUGCAGAGGGUUCUAUGUGCGGGCCUUUGGGUAAUAUUUCGCACUUACCUUCAUGUGGAGCUUUGGAAUAACAAGUUUGACCCAGCAACCAAACUCAUCAAGUUGACGGUGGUUUGGGCUAAACUCCCAGGAUUGCCGGUUCACUACUGCAACCAGUCCUUCCUUAAGAGAGUGGGACAAGCUCUGGGGAAGGAGAGACAUUCGAUCAGCAGACUAUGGAGAGGAAACGGGGGAGACCCACUGGUAGGGAGAAGUAACAAAGGGAAACUUUUGACGCUGACGGCGGCAGAGAGCGGUGGUAGUCACAUGUCAACCAAACCUCAAAGAAAGAGGGUCCUAGAACCGGCAAGGGGAAGAACCAAGGCGCCGGUGGACCCCACUCACGUGGUUGUGAAGCCUUCAAAAGCCUUUGUGCAGUCCUUGAAAUUGGAUGUUAUACAAAGUCUGAUUGAAGAGGAAGACGAUGCUCAAAAUACAGACAAAGGGAUUGACGGGGAUGUGGCAGACAGGAGGAAAGGAGGAGAAGAUGCGUUUGCUCCAGUACCAUCAGUCUUGGGGAUGAGAACGUCUGGCUCACAUGACAGUCAAGCAAAGAAACAAGAAGGGAAAAAAGGGGAAGCAACUGUCCACAAAAGCCAACCAACUAAUACCAUCACCAUUCGCCCCACUCCCUCCUCAUCAGUGAACAAAAACAGAGAAGAAGCUUGCAUCGUGAUGGAGAAAGAGUUUGACCAACCUGACCAGAUAAGGGAUGACAUUCCACCGGAUCCCCACCAAGGGGCAACUCCUCCUUUGGCGAUUCAGGCGAUGCAUGUAGAAGCGGGACCGCUGAUGGAAAGCUGUUUGAUGGAUGAAGAUUCCGUCGACCAGUCUGUGGAGGAAGAGAAACAAGCGGAACAAGAGGAUGGCAGAAUUUUGGAGGAACAAGAGGAACUGAGGGUGAUGGCCGAAACCUUUUUUAAGCAACUAUAUGCGGCUCCCAUUGAGCCCGGGGGCAGUAUGAUGUGGGUGGAGGAUGAGGAAAUUGUUGAAGCUCUAAAGGAAAUGGCUCAAUUGAAGGCCAAUAAGCCUCUGCUGAAGAAUUUGAUGAAGUCAGGACCAGGAGUCAGGGAAUCGUGGGUUAGAAUUUUUGGAGUAACUCUAUGGAAGGUGUGGAAGUGGAGAAACGAUCUUGUCUUCUCGAAUUUGGACCUUCCCAUUGGAUUGAAGUUGGGGGAAAGUCAGAGGAAAGUUGAGGAGAUCUCAUCAGAAAGCUUAUGGAGUAAAAGUGAUGAGAAUCAUGUAGCCUUCCAUGGAGGUUCUCCUAGUGAGGGGAAUGAGUUAAUCCUUCAUUCUAGAUUUGCAAUGCCAAGUUUACUUUGCAGGCCAAUCAAGGAAGAAAGGAUGGAUCUUGACUACCUAUGUGAUAGGGAGUUGGUUCAAGAGAGCUAUGAUCAAGGUGAUGAGAAUGUCAUUAACUUUGGGGUGCAAACCAAAGGAGAUGAAGACCUCAUGGAAAUAAGUGCUGAAGAGUAUCAAGAGAGUUUGAUUCUGUGUGGUCCAUGA